GAACAAAAAAAAAUCACCCUAAUCACCUCUUCAAUGUUCCCCACGUGUCACCUCCCACACCAAUUGCACCUUCUAUCAUUCCACAUUUCUCAUAAAAUAUGUUAAAAAUCUCUAAAUCACUCCUGAACGAGUGACAAGUCAACUCCACCGGUAACCGAGCUGUUUUCAAACAACAAACAGCCCCCAAAAAUCAGUACUUGAUUAAUAAUUUUCGUCGUAAUACUGGAAUAAGUCUUGGCGAUUUUCUGGACAACAAUUGAAGCCCCUGAGACAGUUUUAAUUAUUAAUAUUGUGAGAUUGUGAGGGAAAUGGGACGGGUAUUCUGAUUUGGUGGACGUCAGCCUCUUCUAACCUUGAAAUAACACCUGAUUACGAAAGAAAUCGCAAUCAAUUGAAAUUUCGGAAAUGUCGACUGAAAAUUCACGACUAUCAGAUCCUUCUGAGGAUUUUUCCAAUAAAGUAAAAGAUCUACUCACCAGUUAUGAAACGGCGAAGCUCUCGAUAUUAUUUAAAACGGAUGGAACCGAUGAGAUCCUGGACAGGAGUUCGUGGUCCCUGGUACCGAUGAUUUGCACUCACUUGACGGAUGAAAAUAAAAAAACGAGGAAUUCGUUCUUUCUCACCUGCGAGGAGCUGCUGCAGAUAUUUGCAGACAGAUGCAAUCCUUCGGAGACGGUUCUCCUGUUCCUGGAGCAGGCUGAGAGCCUUCCGGAUGACGUGAGAUUCUGCGCCCUUUUGAAGCCCCUGGAGAUAUCCCUGAAGAGAGGAGACAUGUCCAAGUCUAUUGAAUGGGUUGUCAGCACCAUCAGAGCUUAUGCUGAAGACCUACCCCUCCCUGAGAACACGAAUCCUGAAGCAGUCAGCCCAGGGGAUGAAGAAGAUCCUGUGAUCGAUCGCCUGACGACGACUCUGCGAUCAAUCCUCGAUUUUCUCUCUCCACUCAUUGAAAUUGCCCUCGAUAGGGUAAAUUCAGAUCCUCGGGAGGUCAAAGUCCUCAUGAAUCUGAUCAACAUCCACCUGAAUCUAUUCUCAAAACCCUUCUCUCACCUGGACAUCAACCCCGAGGACUCGUCCUCAGUUUUCCGAGUGAUGACUUCUCAGAUAUUGAGACUGGAAACCAAUCCCAUUAAAUUCUUCGAAAUAAUUGAGAACAGAAUCCACAAAAGGAUUAAUAAGCUCGACCCAGAGCCAAAGAUCGAUCUCUACAACCUGCAGGUCCAGCUCUUCGACAUGGAAGUCUCUGACCUGACAUACGCCAAUUUUUUCUUCACCCUGAUGAUGUCUUUGGAGUCGUGCCAACAAUUGCCGCAGGUUUAUCAUCCUCUCUAUAUCAUGAACUGCUGCAUAUACUUGGGGAAUCAUCUUCUGAAGCAGCCGGAGUACGUCCUGGUGACCAGGGGCCUGAGAUUCCUCGAGGGAAUCCUGAAUAGAGUCCCCGAAGAAUCAAUUCAGCCGGAAGCCCUGCAACUGGCGAUCCACGGGGAUUUGUUUUCCAGUAUUUCCCAGGUGAUGAUCUACUGCGAUUCCUCGAGGGAGAGGCAAUUGGCUCUGGGGGUCUUCCAGGGGUACAUCAGGCGGUUCUCCAUGGCUGGAAGGUACAGAGUCCUAUGGAUGCUGUACGACAGGACAAAGCACUCUGGACUUCUCGCCCUUAUCAUAAACAUUUUCAAGUCCUCGAUUAUCAUUUCCCUGGAUCGAGGAGACAAGGAGUUCCUCAGGAAGCUGGAGCCCAUAUUUAAGAGAAUAUUCAGGCUGCCCCACGGCAGUGUCUCUGACCUCGUGGAGAUGUCUGAUGAAAUAAUCGCGGCUUUGAAUCUUCUUAGAUUUCUCGUGAUCAGGGACACGAAUAAUUCCACAGGAAUUUGGAAGGUGUUGAAGAGCAUUCAGGGGUAUUUGAAGGAACUCAGGGAUGGGGUGGAUCUCGCCAGGGCCCACUGGAAGGUCAAGCUCAGAGAUCUCCAGGAAGAGAACGGAAAACGGAGAAGAAUUGAGACUCAAGUGUCGGUUGUCGUCGGAGGCCAGGAACUACCUGAUAUGCCCGUUAGGGAAAAAAUUAAAUUUUGUUAUCAGGCUAUCAAUGCCCUAGAUGUCAUCGAGAGCAUCGUCGUCAGGGUCAAUGAAUGCAUCGACACCAAUCCUAUGAAGAAGCUCACGAUAAUCAGUUGAAGCUUUUUUACAAUGGAAUAAAGUUUUUAUUUUUUAAUCAAUUUUUUUGGGUAUUCACAUUUUUUCAUACCUUGCGUAGUAAUUAAAUAAAAUUAAAUAUGAGGUGAUGAUCAUGAACUU